AGCCUACUCUGCAGCUCGGGUAAACAGAGACCAGUCCCGGUGGGAGGGACCCCGGCUGGGGGGCGGGGGCGCGGAAGGAGGAUCGAGGGGGUAGGGGCCCUGGGGAAGUUUCUGGGAUCAUUUGCUCUAGGACUUGAACUACACUAAAAAAAACUGGUCCAAAGCUCGGCGCAAAAGGAUCUUUUCAUCCCAGCCCUUUCGCCCACGCAGGGAACUAUGCCUCUGGAGGUGGUGGUGGAGCUGCAGAUCCGGGCGAUUUCUUGCCCAGGGGUGUUCCUGCCUGGCAAGCAAGAUGUGUACCUCGGGGUCUACCUCCUCAAUCAGUACGUGGAGACAAACUGCUUUCCAUCUGUGUUCCCUAUUAUGAUUCAGCAGAGCAUGAGAUUUGAAAAGGUAUUUGAAAAUGCAAUCGAUCCUGGAGCUGUAGCAGACCUUUUAGAAAUGUGGGAAGAAUUGGCCUACUAUGAAGAAAACACACGGGAUUUUCUUUUCCCUGAGCCCAGGCUGACACCUUCCCACCCUCGGAUGUGUAGGGAGGUGCUCAUGAAGACGGCUAUAGGCUUUCCAGGCAUUGCCCCCAAAAUAGAGUUUUCUACAAGGACGGCCAUCAGAGAGCCUGUGUCUUUGCAUAGAAACAGAUUUCCUGAAGAACUAUAUAAAUCACAGAGGUCUUUUUCUACAUCACAUGGACCAAUAUUUCCCUUAAAAAAUAUAAAGAAGAGGGCACAGGCGAAUAAUUUUGACAGAUUGCCCAAAGGCAUGCAAUCUCGAAUACCCUCUCCGUAUUGCACCAGCCAUUUCUUCCAGGACCAGCCGGCUCAGUUGAACCCUGGAAAAGAUUUCAGAAUCUCUGGAAGAAACAAGCCUCCAUUUGUAGUCAGACAUGUGGAUAGUGCAAAGCCCUUUGGUGAGAAUUUUUCAGAGCAUCAUUUGCGGAAGUCUAGAAGAAAAUUGAAGUUUUCAAACUUUCCAUUUCCUAUGAGACGAGCUUCUUCUCUUGACAGCCUUGCAGCUAAUGUAAAGGUUAUCAAAGAGCCCGAUGAACGGAUUUUUUUAAGGAAUAAAUCACCAUCACCAUUAGGUUCAAGUGAGUUUGGAAAGCCCUCACCUGGUAGCCAAAGGGGUGCCAAUUUCCACCGGAAAACUUCAUUUACUACCUCUCAGCAUUCCAGAUCUCCUAGCCCUCUGGACCAGCCCCUUCUCCAAGGAAGGUUCCAUCCUAGUUCUCAGUCUACGUGGAAGACAAUUCAUGAAAGAGUAUGCAGUCUUCUGACAUCCCAUAGAGCUCAGCAGCACCGAAAUAAGAAAGAUUCUACCUCUGAAGUAAAUUAUAUCCUUGAAAGACCAAGCUACUCUCUGAAGAAAUAUCCACUGCAUGAACAGAGAUAUUUUUAAGAGAAAAUGAAUGAAAGCUGAAGGAAGAUCAUGAGGAGCUUACUCAUUGAGACAAAGGACACAUCCUUAGAGAAGUGAACAAUGGCUUUUGUUAUUUGUAUUGAGAUUGGUGUCUUAAUCCCCUUUAAAUCAAACCUGUACUCAGCCUUCUGUGCCCAGGUAAGAGUUGUUGAUUAAAGUGUUUGCUGUUUGGGACUCACA